UGGGCCUUUAAGAGUUGGGUGGGCUGGACUGAGGACAGAGCUCACACUUCUCUCCACCCCACUCCUUCCUCCUGGCUGUAACUCUGCCAGUCACAGCAGCAAACUGCAGUAGAAGAGGGGAGGAAACCAGCAAGUGUAAGAGGAGCAAAGGAGAAAAGGAGCCGGCCGGGUUUCCUCAUCCCACAGUGGAGAGCAUCACGGAGCUCACAGACACUGGACUGCUAUCCUGCGCACGGUGACUCUGCCACCAGCUGGUGGGGCAGCAGGUGAUGGCGUCCCUGCUGCAAGGCCGGCUGCCUGUCAAUGACGAUGUGCUGCAGAUGCAGAAUGGCACGCUGAUGCGCAAAGUGAGAUCCAAAAGCUGGAAGAAGCUAAGAUACUUCCGACUUCAGGAAGAUGGCAUGACGGUCUGGCAUGCCCGGCAGGCUGGAGGCAGAGCCAAAGCCAGCUUCUCGAUUUCCGACGUGGAGACAGUGCGUAAGGGCCAUGAGUCUGAGUUGUUGCGCAGCCUGGCAGAGGAGUUCCCCCUGGAGCAGGGCUUCACCAUCGUCUUCCAUGGCCGCCGCGCCAACCUGGACCUGGUGGCCAACAGUGUUGAGGAGGCCCAGAUCUGGACGCAGGGGCUCCAGCUAUUGGUGGACUUUGUCACCAGCAUGGACCAACAGGAGCAGCUGGAUCAAUGGCUGAGUGACUGGUUCCAGCGCGGAGACAAGAACCAGGAUGGUCGGAUGAGUUUCCCAGAAGUCCAGCGGUUAUUGCACCUGAUGAAUGUGGAAAUGGAACCAGAAUAUGCCUUUCAGCUCUUCCAGGCGGCAGACGCAUCCCAGUCUGACACUCUGGAGGGAGAAGAAUUUAUAGAGUUCUAUAAGGCAUUGACUAAGCGUGUUGAGGUGCACGAACUGUUUGAAAACUUUUCGGCCGAUGGGCAGAAGCUGACCCUGUUGGAAUUUGUGGAUUUCCUCCGAGAGGAGCAGAAGGAAGGAGACCAUGCUUCUGACCUGGCUCUGGAACUAAUCGACCGCUAUGAGCCUUCAGAUAGUGGCAAGCUGCGGCACGUGCUGAGCAUGGACGGCUUCCUCAGCUACCUCUGCUCGAAGGAUGGCGACGUCUUCAGCCCAGCCUGCCUCCCCGUGUACCAGGACAUGACACACCCCCUGAGCCACUACUACAUCAGCUCCUCUCACAACACCUACCUGGUGGGCGACCAGCUCUGUGGCCAGAGCAGCGUCGAGGGAUAUAUACGGGCCCUGAAGCGGGGGUGCCGCUGUUUGGAGGUGGAUGUAUGGGACGGACCUAGUGGGGAACCUGUUGUUUACCAUGGACACACCCUGACCUCCCGUAUCCUGUUCAAAGAGGUCGUGGCCACUAUAGCACAGUAUGCCUUCCAGACAUCAGACUACCCAGUCAUCUUGUCCCUGGAGAACCACUGCAGCUGGGAGCAGCAGGAGAUCGUAGCACAGCAUCUGACCGAGAUCCUGGGGGAGCAGCUGCUGAGCACCACCUUGGACGGGCUGCUGCCCACCCAGCUGCCCUCGCCCGAGGAGCUUCGGAAGAAGAUUCUGGUGAAGGGGAAGAAGUUACAGACGCUUGAGGAGGAUCUUGACAAAGACGAAGAGGAGGAAGAGCUGGAGACUGAACUGGAGGGGGAGCAGGAGGCUGAGCUGGAGCCGGAGUCCCAGUUUGAGCCUGAGACCCAGGAACUGAGUCCUCGCAGUAAAGACAAAAAGGAGAAGGUUGUGAUGUGCCCGCUGUUUUGUCCGUCUCUCUGUUGUCAGAUUAUGGUCCAGGCUCCUCCUCUUCCCAAGCCUGGGUUCCCACUCUUUCCCAAGCAGAAAUCCAAGCCCAUGCUGUGUCCGUCCCUGUCUGCCCUGGUUGUCUACACAAAGACCGUCCCGUUCCACAGCUUCACUCAUUCGAGGGAGCACUACCGCUUCUACGAGUUAUCGUCUUUCUCUGAAACCAAGGCCAAGGGCCUCAUCAAGGAGGCUGGCAAUGAGUUUGUGCAGCAUAACAUCUGGCAGCUAAGCCGUGUGUAUCCCAGUGGUCUGAGGACAGAUUCAUCCAACUACAACCCCCAGGAAUUCUGGAAUGCAGGCUGCCAGAUGGUGGCUAUGAAUGUGCAGACUGCAGGGCUUGAGAUGGACAUCUAUGAUGGGCUCUUCCGCCAGAAUGGUGCCUGUGGCUACGUGCUGAAGCCAGAGUUCCUACGUGAUACCCAGAGUUCCUUCCACCCCGAGAGGCCCAUCAGCCCUUUCAAAGCCCAGACACUCCUAAUCCAGGUGAUCAGUGGUCAGCAACUCCCCAAAGAGGACAAGUCCAAAGAGGGGUCCAUUGUGGAUCCACUGGUAAGAGUGGAGAUCUUUGGCAUUCGCGCAGACACAACCCGGCAGGAGACCAGCCACGUGGAGAACAACGGUUUUAAUCCGUACUGGGGGCAAACAUUAUGCUUCCGGGUGCUGGUGCCUGAGCUGGCCCUGCUGCGUUUUGUGGUAAUGGAUUACAACUGGAAAUCCCGAAAUGACUUUGUGGGUCAGUACACCCUGCCUUGGACCUGCAUGCAACAAGGUUACCGCCACAUACACCUGCUCUCCAAGGACGGCACCAGCCUCCACCCGGCUUCCAUCUUCGUGCACAUCUGCAUGCUGGAAGGGCUGAAGGAGGUUGAAUCCUAAGACAGAUUGCAACUACAAAUCCAGAGGGGUUUGGGACACAGACACCCAAGGGGCAUUACCCCCUCCUCCACGAGUUCCUCAAAGCCCAGAGUCAAGGAAAGGAUAAACCAAGCCUCAAGCCUCCCCAAGCAAAGGCUGGGGCAAGAGACCUGCCCCCAAGACUGAACCAUGGCUCUCAAGAGAACACGGCACUGCUCCUUCCCGGCCCCACCGGCAUUAAUAGAGCUGCUCUCCCCCAUC